UCUAAAGGGAAACAAACUUAUUGGCUCAAUUCCCGAUUCCUUUCAAGACGAUUGUAAUUUACAAACUUUUUAUCUCAAUGGAAACCUAAUAGGAGGACCAUUACCGAAGUCUCUAGCCAAUUGACAAAGUUGGAGGUCUUGAACAUGGGGAACAAUCUCAUCGAGGAUGUCUUUCCAUGUUACUUGAAGAACUCGUCCAUGUUGCGCGCUCUUGUAUUGCGAUCUAACAACUUUAGCAGGCCUGUUGCUUGUUUGGAUCCUAAUGCCACCUGGCCUAUGCUUCAAAUUGUAGACAUAGCUUCAAACAAUUUUACCGGUAAAAUUCCAAAAAUUUCUGCCUGGAAAGCAAUGAUGGAUACUGAAAAUAGGGCCCAAUUUGAAUUCUUGUGUUUCAGGCAUUUGUACUAUCAAGAUUCCAUAAUACUUACCUCCAAAGGUCGAAAUAUGGAGUUGGUGAAGAUUCUAACUAUCUUCACCUCAAUUGACUUUUCUUGCAACAAUCUUGAGGGGCCAGUACCAAAAGAACUCGGAGGACUUAGAUCACUAUAUGUUCUCAACUUGUUGCACAAUGCUCUUACUGGCCAAAUUCCACCAUCUCUCGCAAACUUGACUCAGUUGGAGUCCUUAGACUUGUCAAGGAACAAGCUUACGGGGGAGAUUCCAGUACAACUUGCAGCUGGUCUAAUUUUCCUUUCUGUUCUAAACCUUUCAUUCAAUCAAUUCGUGGGGCCAAUCCCAAUGAUCAAGCAAUUUGCGACAUUUUCUGAAGCUUCCUAUGCAGGAAAUAAAGGGUUAUGUGGCUUCCCUUUGAAGGCAAAAUGCACACAUGCAAAGCCAAUUUCACCGCCAACAUUUAAAGAAAGUCCUUCGAACUCUGAGAAUGUGAUUGAUUGGAAUUUUAUUAGUGUUGAACUGGGAUUUGUUUUUGGUUUUGGAAUUGUAAUUUGGUCCUUUAUGUUUUUGAAGAGAUGGAGGAUAUGGUAUUCCAGGCACAUUGAUGACAUUCUUUUUAGGAUCUUCCCUCAAUUAUAUCUCAGAAAAAAAAUAUCGUUGAAGAUGAAUGCACAAAAAUCAAGGGAGGAGGCAUUAGUGAUAGUUUAUGAGAAGUAAUGUACUAAAGCUUAGCGUUUAUUUCUUUCUGCUUCAAUAAAAGGAAAUAUAAAAAUUGUAUCUAUGUAAUUGGAUGCAAGUGAUGUCUUUAAGGUAUGAUGUUUGUAACUACUAAGCUGUAUUAUUGAAAUACUUAGCUUUUGUUUCUU